CGGCCGCUCAACUCAAAAAGCCUUCACGCCGGUUCCGAGCCGCGGUCUCCUGGUCGUCAAGCAAACGCACUCACCCACUGUGCAGCGCCUCUCUUCGCCACUGCCGGAAUUGGAAAAGGAAAAAAAAAAAAAAAAGAACGGUAUCCAGUGGAUCCCAAGCCCAUGGUAACCAGAACAAUUGAGGAACAUGGUGCUCAGACCUUGCAGUCCCAGUUUCUGUAGGUUUACAUUUUGCCACACGUGCUUCUCUACUAGUCAUCACCAUUACACUCCAUGUGUUUCCCACAGAAACAAGCUACACUUCUCUAGUACACCAGGGAAAAUUACCUUCAAAGAAAUUGAGAAAGAGAAAAAGAACGACUGUAUAGAUACACAAAUAUCAAAUGAGUACCACCAUGUCACGGUUGAUCCAUUCAAGACCAUCAGUAUCUGGACUCUAUGCAAUGGCUGCAUCAGGGAAUGAAAGAUAUCUUUUGGUAGAUUGUAACAAGUAUGAUGAACCCCUUAAAGUUGAGGAAGCAGAGACAAUAGAUAUGCCCCCACCUCCAACAGAGAAGGUCGUGACCAUCUUCACGAACGCAUCUUGUCCAUCAUUUUCAACAGUUCUGAAGAUCAAGAAAUGUCUCCUACAAGGCGUAAACUCGCUGAAACAACUCAAGCAGGCUCAUGCUCUCCUUCUCCACUUCAAUCUCAAUGAAAACAACUAUCUACUUAAUAUGAUAUUACGCUCUAGCUUACAUUUUGGUGACAUAGACUACAGUUCCCUCAUUUUUAAACAAACCAAAGAACCCAACAUAUUUUUAUGGAAUACUAUGAUCCGAGGUUUUGUUUCUAAUGAAUGCUUCCAACAAGCCAUUGAGUUUUACAAUUACAUGCGCAUGGACAGAUUCUUUCCCAAUAACUUCACGUUCCCUUUUGUUUUGAAGGCAUGUGCGAGACAACUGGAUUUCCAAUUAGGUGUUAAGAUACAUACACUCAUUGUAAAAGCUGGUUUUGAUUAUGAUGUGUUUGUUAAAACCAGUUUGCUCAGUUUUUAUGCAAAAUGCGGCUAUAUGGAAAAUGCACUUAAAGUAUUUGAUGAUAUUCCAGACAAAAAUGCUGUUUCUUGGACUGCAGUUAUUAGUGGGUAUAUCAGUGAUGGGAAGUUUAGGGAGGCUAUUGACAUGUUUAGCAGGUUGUUGGAGAUGGGUGUGAGACCUGAUGGUUUUAGCCUUGUUAAGGUUUUGUAUGCUUGCAGUAAAUUAGGGGAUUUGAAUAGUGGAGAGUGGAUUGAUAGAUACAUAAAGAAAGAUGGCAUGGGAAGGAAUAUCUUUGUGGCUACGGCUUUGGUGGACUUGUAUGUUAAGUGUGGAAACAUGGAGAAAGCAUGCUGUGUCUUUGACGAGAUGCCUGAGAAGGAUAUUGUUUCUUGGACUACUAUGAUUCAAGGUUAUGCAUCAAAUGGGCUGCCAAAAGAAGCUUUAGAUCUGUUCUUUAAAAUGCAGAGAGAAAAUCUGAAACCUGAUCGAUAUGUUAUGGUUGGAGUUCUCUCUGCUUGUGCUAGAUUAGGGGCGCUAGAAUUGGGUGAGUGGGCUAGCAAUUUGAUGGACAGAAAUGAGCUUCUUUCUAAUCCUGUGCUGGGUACUGCAUUGAUUGAUAUGUACACAAAAUGUGGGAGCAUGGCUCAAGCAUGGGAAGUAUUUAGGGGGAUGAAGGAUAAGGAUCGAGUGGUUUGGAAUGCUGUCAUAUCUGGGUUUGCGAUGAAUGGACAUGUAAAAGCUGCAUUAGGGAUAUUUGGCCAAGUUGAGAAAUGUGGGAUUCAACCUGAUGAGAAUACUUUUGUCGGUUUACUUUGUGCAUGUACUCAUGCUGGUCUUGUUGAUGAGGGUCGCAAGUUCUUCAAUAGCAUGAGUACUGUCUAUUGCGUGUCUCCUACAAUUGAGCAUUAUGGAUGUAUGGUGGAUCUUCUUGGUCGUUCAGAUCUUUUAGAUGAAGCUCAUCAGUUGAUCAAAAGCAUGCCAAUGGAGCCCAACGUUAUUGUUUGGGGAGCCUUGCUGGGUGGAUGCAGGUUGCAUAAAAAUACUGUCUUGGCUGAACAUGUACUAAAACAAUUGAUUGCAUUAGAACCAUGGAACUCUGGAAAUUACGUUCUCUUAUCAAACAUAUAUUCCGCUAAUCGAAAAUGGGAUGAUGCAGCGAAAAUCAGGUCAACUAUGAACAAAAGAGGAAUACAAAAGAUACCAGGUUGCAGUUGGAUUGAAGUAGACGGGGUUGUUCACGAAUUCCAUGUAGGUGACAAGUUACAUCCAUUGUCAGAGAAGAUAUAUGCAAAACUUGAUGAGUUAGCUAAAAAAAUGAAGGCCGCUGGGUUUGUUCCUACAACUGAUUAUGUACUAUUCGAUAUAGACGAGGAAGAAAAGGAGCAUUUCCUUGGAUGUCACAGUGAGAAACUAGCCCUUGCAUUCGGUCUUGUUAGUACUGCACCAAAAGAAGCGAUUCGAAUAGUGAAAAACCUUCGAAUAUGUGGCGAUUGCCAUGAGGCGAUAAAACUCAUUUCAAAGAUUACAGGUAGAGAUGUAGUAGUUAGAGAUAAUAAUCGAUUUCAUUGUUUUAGCGAUGGUUCUUGUUCAUGUAAAGAUUUUUGGUGAAAUAAUCUCAUAUUUUUCCAAAGAAGCAUGUCAUUUGUUACAUUGAAUGCAUGUCUUUACUUGCAAACUGGAUAUACUGGCUGAGUUGUUUUGUAUUAUUAAAGUUGGAUUACAUUUUUACCCACAAAAUAAAGAAAGAAAUAAAAGCAGCAGGG